AUGGUCAAGGCUACUGUCAUCGGAGCUGCGGGUGGUAUUGGCCAACCGCUGUCCCUGCUGCUCAAGCAAUCCACCAUCAUCACCGAUCUCGCCCUGUACGAUGUCGUCAAUGCUCCUGGUGUCGCUGUAGACAUUUCUCACAUUGACACGCCCAGCGUCGUCCAAGGCUACCUGCCAGACAACGAUGGUCUUGCAAACUCUCUCAAGGGCACCGACAUCGUCGUCAUUCCUGCUGGCGUGCCACGCAAGCCCGGCAUGACUCGUGACGAUCUUUUCAACAUCAACGCUGGUAUCGUUCGUGACACUGCCAUUGCUAUCGCGACCCACGCUCCCAAGGCAUUUGUGCUGGUCAUCAGCAACCCAGUGAACAGCACCGUCCCAGUCGUCGCGGAGGUCUUCAAGAAGAAGGGCAUCUACGACCCCAAGCGCCUCUUCGGUGUGACCACUCUGGACGUUGUCCGCGCCUCCACUUUCGUUUCAGAGGCAAAUGGCGAGCCCACAAAGUCUCUGGACUACUCUGUCCCCAUCGUCGGUGGACACUCUGGAGAGACCAUUGUCCCUCUGCUCUCCGCUUCUCAACCGGCCAUCAAGUUCGAUGCCAGCAAGCAAGCUGAAAUCGUCAAGCGCAUCCAAUUCGGAGGUGACGAGGUCGUCAAGGCAAAGGCUGGUGGAGGAUCGGCCACCCUUUCCAUGGCUUACGCUGGUGCUCGCUUCGCAAUCUCCGUUCUGGAGGCCGCUUUCGGCGGCAAGUCCUCGACCGAGUACAGCUACAUCGAUGUCAAGGCUAUCGGUGCCGGAGAGUGGUCGGGCGUGGUCGGAAGCUUGGACUUCUUCUCUGUGCCCGUCAAGCUUGGCAAGUCGGGUGUCGAGAGCGUCGGCUCUGCGCCCAAGCCUACCGCAGAGGAGGAGAAGCUUCUCAAGGUUGCGCAGGACCAGCUCAGCGGCAACAUCUCGAAGGGCGUUCAAUUUGUGAGUAUUGAUGACGUGUCAUCGGCAUGCCGCGUCAAUGUCCACUGUCUGCAUGAGCUAAUCGCUUGUACAUCUGCAGGUCGCUGA